AUGGAGACAAAUGUUGAGACGCAGAGGCAGGAGAGCGGCUCCCCAAAGGAGUUAGCUGGGAUACGGGCCCAAAAAGCCCCGGAGGCUGCCGCCGAGUUUGACUACAGGGAGCUCGGUGAAGCCGAAGCCGGCCUUGCCAGUGAACACAAGGAAGAAGUGCCCGAGGAGGUGAAUGCUCCGGAGGCUGCCGCCGAGUUUGACUACAGGGAGCUCGGUGAAGCCGAAGCCGGCCUUGCCAGUGAACACAAGGAAGAAGUGCCCGAGGAGGUGAAUGCUCCGGAGGCUGCCGCCGAGUUCGACUACAGGGAGCUCGGUGAAGCCGAAGCCGGCCUUGCCAGUGAACACAAGGAAGAAGUGCCCGAGGAGGUGAAUGCUCCGGAGGCUGCCGCCGAGUUUGAGUACAGGGAGCUCGGUGAAGCCGAAGCCGGCCUUGCCAGUGAACACAAGGAAGAAGUGCCCGAGGAGGUGAAUGCUCCGGAGGCUGCCGCCGAGUUCGACUACAGGGAGCUCGGUGAAGCCGAAGCCGGCCUUGCCAGUGAACACAAGGAAGAAGUGCCCGAGGAGGUGAAUGCUCCGGAGGCUGCCGCCGAGUUUGACUACAGGGAGCUCGGUGAAGCCGCGGUGCAGGAGUCGGAGGUGCAUUCAAGUGCGAGUGGUGCUGCUCCUGGUCGUCGAAGUUCUAUUCGGUUUGUUCUUGCCAGCAUUGAGGAAAAAGAGAAUGAGCUGAGAGAGUUGGAGGCGCGUGAGAAGGCUGUUGAGUCACAGCUGCAGGUGUACAGCGAAGUCAUUGGCCUGCGCAAGGAGCUUCGGCUUGUGAAGGAAGAAACGGAGCGGGUGAGACGGCAGCUUGAUUCCAUCAAUGUGUUUGCAGAAAAGCACGGUAAUGCCGUUGAACGCGACCUCAAUUCUGCCGAAGAGGAGGCACAGCAGUCCCAUGUGCAGCAGGUUUGGACGAGUGUGUGCCGGGAAAGGCCCAAUGAGAGUCUUGGGGAUCCGUCUUCGUGGACAAAAGUGGAUCUUGAUAACUUGUCUCGGCGUGUGGAGGCUGCGAGGGGGAAGCUCCAGGCGGCAAGUAAUGCUGCUGCCAAAGUUUACGCAUCACAGGAGGACAUGAUCAACAAGAACACUGAAGAACGCGACAAGGCCAAGGCCAAGCUGCUUGAAAGCGUUGGGGUGGAGAUGGCGAAGCUUGUUGAGACCCGCUCUCGACUAAAGCAACUGGAUGAUGAUCAGCGGUACCAUUUCCGUCGUGGCACACACGUGAAGCAGCGUCAUGUGCCCUCCCUGAAGGAGCAGGAUAUAAUGAAGGGCCGUGUUUACAAAGAUGAGUCAAGGCAGUUUGGUGAUGUCGUUUUGCUGGAGGACGAGUGCAAAGAUCUGACGGAGUGGGUGAACGGGGCCAAACGUGAGCUGGAGGACAACAAGCGCAGCUACGCCAAGGAACAGAGCGAGCUGGAGGAGCAGCUGCAGGUGAUGGAGGACAACGGUAAGGAGGCACGUGAGUUACGGGCGUUCUUUGAACGGGAGAACGACCAGCUGAAGGGACUCAAGCAGGAUCUUCAGCGUGUCAUGCUGUACGCCCGCGCGCGUCAUCAUGAACUCUUGGCUUGA